AAUACUCUCCGAGAUUUGAAAGGCUGCAGAGCUCCAGAUAAAUAAUCAUUUAUCUUUCUUCUGAAGAAAUUCCUCUGAUUACAAGUUUAUUCCUUGAACAGCAAUCCACCCAUCUCUAUUCAAGACAAACUCAAGGUAAAGAAAGAGUGGAAAUGUGCUUUUGGAUCAAGUUUUCAGUAUUUUGGUUGCUGUUGUUCCUUCUACUCAGCCUUGCUCCUUCUACUGAGACAGACAAACCGUCAACACAGGCCAGCAGUGACACUGGGAGUCCGGGCCAACUGGCAGAAGUACUACAGGCUCUCUCCACAAGUGACCACCCACCUCUCAACCAGUCAAGAAGCCUCGUCAAAAUAUUGUUGGAGAAAACUGGGUGCCCACAGAGGACAAACAGCCUGCAAGGCAAUUGCAAUCUGUGCUUUGAACCAGAUGCACUGUUACUAAUAGCUGGAGGAAAUACUGAAGAUCAGCUUAGGGAGGACGUGGUCCAGAGAGUUUCUCUUCUCCUGCUCUAUUAUAUUAUUCAUCAGGAAGAGAUCUGUUCCUCAAAGUUCAACAUGAGCAAUAAAGAGUAUACAUUUUACCUACACAGCCUAUUGAGCCUCAGGCAGGAUGAAGACGCCUAUUUCCUCUCACAGAAUGAGACAGAAGACAUCCUGGCUUUCACCAGGAGGUACUUUCACACUUCUGCAAGUCAGUGUAUGGAAACCAAAAUGCUGCAGAAAAUAUCUGGAAUACUGAGCAGUGAUGGUGCUGAUGAAAAUACACUUCCUCAGUUGGCGGCAACAAUCAUUGCUUUGUCUCUCCAAGGUGUUUGUCUGGGACAAAGAAACUUGCCUUCCCCCAACUAUUUUACAGACUAUAUUUUCAGUUCCUUGAAUAGGACAAAUACUCUCCACUUAUCAGAUCUAGACCAACUCCUCAACACUCUCUGGACCAAAAGUACCUGUAUAGAAAACGAUAGAAUCCAUCAACUUCAAAGGAAACAAAACAUAACAAUUCAUGACUGGGGCUAUCUUAAUCUCUCUGUAGCCGUGGACAAACAAUCAGAUGAUGGUUCAAUUUCCUGGGAUCAGACUUGCUUCUCUGCUAGCCAGCUGGUGGAGAUAUUUCUACAGAACAGCCUUUCGCCCAUUUCUAAGGAGGACUUUAAGCAGAUGAGUCCAGGGAUCAUCCAGCAACUACUCAGCUGCUCUUGCCAGCUGCCCAGGGACCAACAAACAAAGCUGCCACCCACUACUUUGGAGAAAUAUGGCUACAGCACAGUGGCCGUGACACUUCUCACGCUGGGCUCCAUGCUUGGGACUGCACUGGUCCUUUUCCACAGCUGCAAGGAGAACUACAGGCUUAUUUUACAGCUGUUUGUGGGCUUGGCCGUGGGGACACUCUCUGGGGAUGCUCUGCUGCACCUCAUCCCUCAGGUUCUUGGUUUACAUAAACAGGAAGCCUCAGAGUUUGGGCAUUUCCAUGAAAGCAAAGGUCAUAUUUGGAAACUCUUGGGAUUAAUCGGAGGCAUCCAUGGAUUUUUCUUGAUAGAAAAGUGUUUUAUUCUUCUUGUAUCACCAAAUGACAAGAAAGGCCCAGAUGAUUCACAGGCAGCUGAAAUUCCUACAGGCAGUAUGACAGCCUCCAACAGAAAAUGCAAAGCCAUUAGCUUGUUAGCAAUAAUGAUUCUGGUUGGGGACAGCCUGCAUAAUUUUGCAGAUGGCCUAGUAAUAGGAGCAGCCUUCUCAUCUUCAUCCGAGUCAGGAGUGACCACGACAAUUGCUAUCUUGUGUCAUGAAAUUCCACAUGAAAUGGGAGACAUCGCUGUGCUCUUAAGCUCUGGCCUUUCUAUUAAGACUGCCAUCCUGAUGAAUUUUAUAAGUGCUCUAACAGCCUUCAUAGGAUUAUACAUUGGCCUCUCAGUGUCAGCUGAUCCAUGUGUUCAAGACUGGAUCUUAACAGUUACUGCUGGGAUGUUCUUAUAUUUAUCCCUGGUGGAAAUG